UCACGGUGUUUAUGAUCAUGAUAUACAGUCUCAUUCAGCUUGCAUUUACAGUCACGCCAAAGUUCGCGUUUCACGCGUUGUGCAGUGUGCAGCACUUGCUACUCUACUUGUCCUGAACCUAAACAGGCUGAUACUACAUAUUCAAAGUUCCCCCUGUCACAGUCCACCCUCAAGAGACUGCGAUCAACUGUGCCGCGAGAGCCCUGAUUGACGGCCGUCAAGGUAUCUACGAACUGCUGGCCGAUAUGCGGACGACCAAGCGAAACAACUAACGCCAACCGGAACAGCGGUAUGUGGCAAGGCGCCAUCAAAAACCAUCAAGUAGGCAUGAUACAGUGCGAGAGAAAAAUAUAAAGGAGCUUGAAGACUUUAGGAGAAAUUGACAAAUCAAACACUUUAAAGACCCUCUUCUCCCUCUACCCACUGGUUUCCUCCAUCUCACUCACAGCAAUGCGUUCUUUAUUGCUGUCCUCAAUCGCUGCCUUACAGGCGUUGGUCGUUGGUUUGCCACAGCCACAGCCUCUUUCAAUACCAUUAAUGAAAAAAUCUACUUUCAAGAUCGCUGACGGAUACGUUGACCCUACUUCAAUCAGGGCUCAUAUUUCCAGCAUAGAGGCUAAGUUACAGCGGGGCGCUGCUGCAUUCGAAAGAAACGCCCUCUUCUCCCGACCGCCAACCAAGCAUGCGGGAGUGUUAGGGUCUGAACCCCUAGUAAUUAACAACGCAAACAACAGUUGGUAUGGAAUAAUCAAAGUCGGAACUCCGCCGCAGGCGUUUUCCGUCGAGUUUGACACCGGUUCCUCGGACCUCUUUCUACCUGGACCAAGCUGCGGUGCCAGUUGCAGCGGACAUAAACUAUACAAUCCUGAUAGUAGUUCUUCCUCUGAGGCUCUUGGAAAGGCGUUCAAAUUGAAGUACGGCGAUAAUUCCACGGUUACAGGCAAUCAAUAUAAGGACACUGUCUCGCUUGCUGGCUUCAAGGCCACUGCACAAACACUUGGUGUUGCCUCAAAUACUACCGGUUUCUCAAAGGACAAACCUGACGGGCUAAUAGGAAUGGGUCUUAGGUCGAAUUCCGUUUUUGACGCAGACUCUGUUUUCGAGACGCUGGUUGCACAAAAAGCUGUCCCGGAACCAGUGUUUGCUUUUAAACUUGCAUCCUCUGGUUCUGAACUUCGCGUUGGUGGCGUGAACUCUGCGUUAUAUGAAGGUGGGUUCACGUAUACUCCAGUAACCCAAAAGGGGUUCUGGCAGAUUUCUGGGGAUGCCAUUAAGAUCAAUGGGAAAGAAAUUGUCACGGGAUUUUCCGCCGUUGUCGACACCGGGACUUCAGCGAUCUUGGGCAAUUUCACCUACGUCAGUCAGCUGUAUGCAGCUAUUAAUGCGACAGAAGUUGAUAAAGGUUUAUACGCGUUACCGUGUAACGCCAUGCCAAACGUGACCAUCACUCUUGGGGGGAAGUCGUUUCCGCUUUCCGCGGAGACCCUCAAUAUGGGCCCCACUGAUUCAUCAGGAAAAAUGUGCUUUGGUGGUAUCGUAGGUUAUGACCUUGGAGACAUACAUUCAGGUCAAUGGCAAUGGAUUCUUGGAGACGUCUUCAUGAGAAACGUGUACACUGCCUUUGAUGUCGGACAAUGCAGAAUCGGUUUUGCGGAGCUUGCAUGACCUUCGGUUUGAUCUGCCUGACUGUACAGAAAUCACCCUGGAGGGCUUCGUCUGAUCCUCUAUGCACCAUGACUUCUCAGUCUGUUGGUCUACACAUGUUUUGUACCAUAUUUUUUUAUUUUACUUGUCUCAUUUUAUAAUUCACUGC